UCCUCUGACUCAAUAUAAAAGCAGAAAACAUUUUAACUUAAGUGUGGUUCACAUAGUAUUACUGCAAUGAACAUCUGUUGGUUUAUAACUAUUCUGCUACUCCUGCAUUCAUGCAGUCCAGGGGAUGGCAUGGAUCAUGGUAUCGUCGGCGGUCAUGCGUCCGUUCCACACAGUCGGCCUUACAUGGUCUACAUUCUUGACUCAAUAACCCACACAGCGUGUGACGGUUUUUUGGUGAGAGAAGAUUUUGUGAUGACAGCCGCCCACUGCAAUAAAGAUUUCAGACAUCCCAAGGUGUAUUUGGGCGUGAGCGACACAAAGUUUUUACCCCAUGGUAUAGAGGUAGAUUCCUUUCCACAUCCAGGUUUCAAGAACAAUAUGGGUAACGACAUCAUGCUUCUAAAGCUUAAAACUCCAGUAACUUUGAACAAGACUGUGACUAUCAUUGACCUGCCAAAUCCUUGGAAUGACAAAAUCUCUAAGGACUGUUUGGUUAUGGGAUGGGGCUCGACGAUAUAUGAUCACGAUUCUCCAUCGACAGUCCUGAGAGAAUUAAAAGUGACUCUUACAAGUGACGCAAACUGUGGCAAGCCUGAUAUUAUAUGCCAUAAAGGCAAAGUUGGGCCAUCACUGGGAGACUCUGGAGGCCCUUUUAUUUGUGGAGGUGUUGCACAAGGCAUUGUGUCUUUCUACAUCGGGAUAUCUGAAGACUACAUAUCAGGAUAUACUCGUAUAUCUCAGCACCUACUAUGGAUUAAUAAAGUCAUGACUAAGGCAAACAAAGCUGAUAAAGUCAACAUUUGAGCCAUUUAAAAAGAUGUGUACCUGCAAUAUAAUGUACAAAAUUCAAAUAAAAGUUUCCUUAUUGCAUUCCU